UGACGUAGUCAACGGUCACAGCCAAUCAGAUCUUUGUUGUCAACGCGUCGACGUUGUUGAGUUUGAUUCAAUUUACAACAGGAGCAAAGAACUGGAUUUGACUUUAAACCUGCGUGAAACGUUCAAAUAUGGCUGCCGUCGGUCAAAUAGAUGUUUUACGAGAGCGAAACAAGGUUUUAAUGAACCAACUGAAGGAGCAAAAUGAGAAACUGGAGCGGUUGCGGGUUCACAUGCGGAGCUGGGAGAGAGACGAGGAGGGCGAGGCAGAGCAGAGAAGAGAGGCCGAAGAGGUGACGACACUGGCCGGUGUAGACCGCCGUCCUGCCCGGACAGCUCUCUCCAAACCCACCGUCAGACUUUCAAAUACAUGUGGCGAACAAAGAGACAACCAGCGGGAAGCUUCAGCAACACGUCCGACCUCCGGACACCAGGAGACCGACCCACCCUCAGUCUGUACCCACGGUGUUCCGGACUCACUCCAGGGGACCGGGUCCAAAGGCCUGAAGUCCUGUCUGGUAAAGAACGACAAAGAUCAGAAGGAGGUCCAUCGUCGAGUCACCUUUCAGUCUGAUGAUGAAGGAGACUCCUCAUCAGAGCGUGGGGUUCAUCAGGUCAAGCCCUUACUUGGAUAUGAUUGGAUCGCAGGAGUCCUGGAUUCUGAGGACACACUUACAAACCAGCCGGACCAGUUCUUUGACGACCUGCGUGUUUUCCGAUCGCUCCAUAAAGACGAGUGUGUCCACAGGAGGACAGCAGAACCGUCUGAGACGAGCCGGUCUGGGCUGGAAACAGAGAAGGACGAGCCUCAGCCAAUCAGAGACACUCAUACAUGUACAUUUUCCUACAGGAUCAACAGCAGACUGUUUCCAAGUCCACUCCACUCACAGGAGCGCUGUCCAGGCUGUAAAAAACACAAGUCCUCCCACCCCCACUCUGCUGCGGAGCCGGCUCUGAUCAGCGUCAGCCUCCCCCGCUCCGUACUGCUGCCCCCGUACGAGUACAAACCACACAGGAGGGGCAGUUUUGACCCUUCAGACAGUUUGGGGUUACCGUCGCACUGUCUCUCUGGUUGGUCACAUAUGGCCCAGAGCACAGCGCCACCACCCAGCAGCCUGGAUCUGCGCAGCAGUCUUAACACACAAACCUGUGCACAGGCUCUGAACCAGGAAGUACAGGAUUCAUCCGUCUUUAAAAGGCCCACAGACCAGAUGUUGAAUCUAUCAAAACUGGCACGGCACAACUUCCAACACUUCUCUCCAAAAAGGAGAAGAAACUAGAAAGUCAGCUGACAACCAGGUCUAUUUUGACCAAUGCUGACUCAGCAUGUUUACAGCCAGAAUCAUCGUCAGGACGGUUCACUGUUUGACUUUCACUUUCUUCAGUUUCAUGUCUGACAGAGACUUUUUGACUUCCUCUCACUGUUCUCCGUUGCUUAGAGACGUUCGGUAGUGUUUCCCGUUCCAGACUGUGGUCUCCAGAGUCCACCGAAAUUCUGUUUUCAACUUCCUCACUGUGACUUGAACUUCUGCAGAAAAGCCGCGCCGUAGUUUCAUCGAACAGGAAACCCACAGGUGGCUUCGGAGAUAUCAGGCCGUGUUGACGUUUUACCGGUGACAGCAGUUUUCCUGUCUUCCUGUCGUCUCUCUGACUGAUGGUGUUUGAAGAUAAGUGAUGAUGUCACCUGUCUGUCAGCAACAACAGGAAUGACAGGAAACUGUUCCAUCGUCAUCAGUCAACUAUGAAAGUGACAAUAACAAUUAUGAUAACUGAUGAGGAACAGGAGGAGGCCCAGAGUUGGUACGGUGGAGAAGUGGGUCAGAGCUGGUUUGAUGACAUGAACACAGACGCUGAGGACGUGGGAGGGGAAACUUCACACUGACAAGUCAGCAACUUCUGCAGAAACCAGCGGGUGGCACACACUGGUACUGAUACUGAGCUGGUACUGAACUGGUACUGAGCUGGUACUGAACUGGUACUGAACUGGUACUGAGCUGGUACUGAACUGGUACUGAACUGGUACUGAGCUGUUACUGAACUGGU